CCAUGGUUACAGUGUUACACACACACACACAUCACGGAGGACGUUGAUAUCUCGAUCUGCGAGAGAAAUUAGUUUAUUUAUAUUUUAUAUUUAUUUUUUAAAUAGAUAUAAAGAAAGAAAAUGAGCAUAUCUGUCACUCGCACAGUCCCUAAGAGCACGGAGGCUCGUACAGUUAUCAGGCCGGAGCGCGUCUAUGACUACCUGUACGAUCCAGUCUACACUGUGUCAUCAGAGGUGGACCAUGCCAGGUCCAACAUCAAGGCCUAUGCGACCACUGACCGAGUGAAGAGAGUGCCUGAGUUUGGGUCUAUGUUCAGUAACCUGCCCCACCACCCGCGGUUUACUGUUCAACUGGAGCCUACAGAUCCAGUACCACCCACUAUCGAUCGACGCUGGCGUGGCCAAACAGAACAACGCCAAGAGGCACUGCAUCAGCUGGCUGGGGUUGUUCCAAACACUCAGUCAUGGUUGAAAAGGGAGGAGUGCCAUGUGGCCGGAGCUGAUCGCUGGAAAUACUUUAAACGCCCUCUGAUCCCCUUUGCACAGCAAGUUCCCCCGGAUGUGAUUUUUGAUUUUCCGAGGGAGGAUUUUCUACCGACUCAUGGAAACAAUGCUGAGCACCAGCCAACCCACAUCACUGUCGGGGUCCAGACAGACUACAGGGAAAGUGAAACACAGACAGACCCGUACAGCCCUGACUAUGUGAUACAACCUGGGACAACUCCCUCAGAGCUCUUGCAACUGGCAUCUUUGACUUGGGGUCGUGGUCUGCCUGCAGGCCUGCCAGAAGUGGAAAUGAUACAGCGAGCCCGUGCCAAACGGGCCUGGGAGGCCACCCUUCCUCCACUGGACGACCUUAGUCAGCUGGACAAAAGGAGACGUAUGAUGGAGAAGAUGGAGGUCAAAGAAUGGGCUUUUAGAGAGGGAGAGAUACAGAAGUUGCAAGAGGCUCGUCUUGCUGUGCUGAAGGACCUCUUGACGCGGAGAGACGAGGCUCAGAAAGAAGUCACAAGCGAGAGGCUGACCCAGAUUUAUUCUAAACACCAAAAAGACAAGGAGACCAGGCUGCAGAAGAUUGACAAUGACUACAUGAGGUCAUUGAGAAAACUGGAAGCUAGGAGCAGAAAUGUGGAGGGGAAGAUAGAUCGAUCUGUCAUUUUCAGAGAACAUCCUGGUUUUAAGACAUUUGCCCCUUGGACCUCUGUCACCAACAAGAGCAACAACUAUUUAGACACAUAUGAAGGCUUGCUUGAGAUAGAGGCGGGACUCUUUGCCUCAGCCCCCAAACAGCGAGUUAGAAGACCCAAAGUCAAAGAUGUGAUCAAGCCCCCUGUGAGCAAAUUGGUGAAAGUGAUGGAGAAAUACAAGGCCCUGACGGAGGAGGCGAACAACAAAGUGGCAGAGAGGACCUUGCGUUUUCUUGUCGAAAAGGAGAAACCUGCUCCUCCUCCUGUCACUCCCAGAGUGGAAGAGCCACCAGAGGGCGAUGAGGAGACUGAGUUGGGAGUCGUCAACCUGCAGAAACUACUGAGAGGAAGAAGUAUCCAGUUCGAGAAGUUUACGGGCAAGGAGGACCACCUGGAGCUCAUCUAUGAACUGAGGACUGUCCACGCCCCGCAGAGAGAGGAGCAGGAGCUACAGAAAGCUGACAAAGACCUCGUAAUGACCCUGAAAAAACACAGAGACACAGAAAUAGAAAGGACCUCUCAAGAGGAGGCGUCUCAGGCCAGAGUGGUAGGUACAGAGCUUGAACACCUGUUCGACGCCUUGUCCAAGGAGCUGAUUCAUCUCCAGGAGGAGCGCAGGAUCCAUGCCUUCACACUCCUGGCUGAAAGAGACCGGCGCCUACGAGAGGCUGAGGAGAGUGGAAGGAGACAGGUGGAGGAGCGGAGGCGCAGGGAAGAAGAUGAGAUCUUCAGACAGGUGGUGCAGGUUCACCAGGAAACCGUGGAUUUGUAUUUGGAGGACGUCAUCUUAGGGACCAUGGAGCAGACAGCUGACCAGCAGGCCAGAGAGGAGAUCCACAGGCAGGCGCAGGAAGUCAACGACAUCGCUUAUGCCAUGGAGGAAAGCCGGAACAGUCUUCAGUCGGAGGAGAUUGUGUCAGAGUUGGUGUACAGUUUCCUUAUCCCUGAGGUCGAGAAGAUGAGUGUCAGACAAAGAGUGCACCAGAGGCAGCACAGACACUUUCAGGCUGCUCAGAGUAUAAUUCAGGGGACUGAGGAGCACUCUGGGAUCCUUCCUAGCACUCCGGGAGCCUCCGAGUCGCCGUGUCCUUCUGAGAGAGCCUCUGACCGAGUCGUCGAGGAGAUGUUCAGCCAAGCAGAGCAGCACUGAGAGGCAGUCUGAUGACUAAAUUUGUU